AUGGCCUGGGAUGUCAGAAGGUACGGUCUCCCCACUGCCAUGGAAAUGGCAGAACUGAUGUUUAACCAUGUCUUCAGGUACUUUGGUAUUCCAGAGGAUAUAGUGUUGGAUCGGGGCCCCCAGUUCAUCUCCCGGGUAUGGAGAGUGUUUCACUCCCUCCUAGGUGUGGCCAUCAGCCUGUCCUCCGGCUACCACCUGCAGUCCAAGAAGACCUUCGAGCCCUCUGAUGUUCCCGCGGCCGACUACUGGUUCCGGGAGAGUGAGAGGGUCUGGGACGCGGCCCAUCACCAACUGCAACGGGCGCUCCGUGGACGCAGGACGACAGCCGACCUUCGCCGUUCCGAGGCCCCCCAGUACCACCCCGUGCUGAUUUCAAACAUCCGCCCUGGUCAAACUCAAGACAGACCCAGAGUAAGAGUAAAGCCCCAGAGUUCAGUGUUCAAUGGAGACACAGUUACUCUGAGCUGUGAUGUGGGACAGUCAACGGGACGAACGAUUAUCUGGAUCAAAAACUCUGAGAUAAUAGAAACUGGUGAUCAAACAAAAACACUGAGAGAUGUGAGAGUCUCUGAUGGAGGACAAUAUGCAUGUACUAUAGCAGGAGGAGAGAUCACACAAAGCAAACCAGUCUUGCUAACAGUGAGAGAGAGACCCAAGCCUGUGUUGCGUGUUGAUCCUGAUGAACAUGUGAUCAGAGGACAGACGGUCAAUCUCACAUGUGACAUACAGGAGACAGACGUCAGCAUCUGGAGCUACAUCUGGAAUAAAGAUGAUUCAGAGAUUGAUGUCAGUCAGUCACAGGAAUACAGAAUCAGUUCUGUUGAUGAAUCUCACACGGGUCGUUACAGCUGUACUGGAAGAGAAACAGGAGGAUCACGAUCCUCACACACCAGUGACACAGUCACACUCACACUAUCAGGUUUGUUAGCUCCAUCCCCGGUUUUCUCAUUUCUCAAACUGCUCAGUUCUCUGCUGGCAGCUUCUCCAUAUCUGCUAGUGUCCAUCAUACUGGGAGUCAAGUGCUACAGAGCUCAUGUUCAGUCUGAUGAGUCUGUUGAGAUCAAAUAUACUGUUACAGAGGAGUGAAAGUCUGCAGUCCUGAUCAACACUGUGUUUGUCUCUUUUAAACAUGUUUUUAGUUAAAUUUAGCCUUUAUUUUUUUAUUCUAAAUUAGACAAAUAAAGGCUCAUAUGAACUAUGCCUGAACUACUGCAGCUUCCCUUUGGGUCAUCUCUUUAUUUCUAUGUUUUUGUUCUAUUUUCAGUAUUUUGAAGCAAAUUGUCAAAUAUUUGUCUUCAUUAAUGUUUUCUGAAAAUAUUUUUGUAUUUAAUAUAAAUUUAUUCAUGUAAUUUCACAUCAGCUCUUGGGAGUCUUGUUUUGUUUUACUGACUCUUGAAUUUCUUUCACAGAUAAAUCUUAAAAGACAUCACAAAUAACAUUGUCUCUGAUAUUCUUAAAAUCAAAUUAGUCAUCUGCCCUUUAAUCGCCAGUUUCAGGGUUUUAUCUCAGUGUCAUCCUCUGAACCAUAAACUAGGUAGUGCUGUGGCAUUUGCAUCAUUGCUUGCUCAUCACAUAAUAUUGAUAUCUUGGACC